AUGAUCGCCGAGGAGGAACGUCAAAGUCGGUCCAGAGUGUCUGUUAGAUUCGUCUUUGACGUCCACCACGAUGUGCCUGGAAUCGUCCAGCUUGCAUUAGAAGAUGCCGAAGCUAUCGAAAUUAGCUUCGACGGUCAGGAGGUCCCUUCCUACGUCACUGGAUGGUGGGUAGAUGAAGACAUUCAAACGGUCCGGCUCCCCAGCUUGAAAAGAGGAUCUCACACGCUUCAGCUCAUUUACGACUUCAGCAUAGUAACCAACGUGGAACGUGCGUACCUUCUUGGCGACUUCGGUGUUGAAAUUCGAGGUGCAAGGGCAUCAAUCACGCCAUUGGAAUUCUCCCAAAUCACCUUCGGUGACUACACUUCUCAAGGUUUACCCUUUUACGCCGGCAACGUCACAUAUAACUGUACAUUCGAUACUCAGGGAGCGGGACCAGCAGCAGUUCAGGUAACGCGCUUCGCUUCGCCAGUUCUUUCGAUCACUUGCGAUGGAAAGGAAGCCGGCCACAUAGCAUAUGAGCCUCAUAUGAUUGUCUUUGAGCAUUUGGAAGAAGGACAACAUGCUAUUUCCAUCACAAGUUUUGGAAAUAGAGCUAAUGAUUUUGGUAUGGUGCACCUACCCAGAGGACUUACGAACUGGUACGGCCCCAGUGCUUGGAGAACAGAUUACGAUUGGUGGACCAAGGAGUACAACUUGGUGCAGAUGGGCGUUUUGGAAACACCUAGGAUCAAGAAGCCGGGCACGGAGAAGCCAACGGGACGGUUAGGAUAUCGGUUAGAGUUAAAGGCAAUAUAA